AUGAAACCAGGCGCAUCGACAUGGGAAGCUGUUGGCGGCUCCAUUCUGCAUCUCACUGAGGAAGGUAGCAAGCCACUGCCAUUUGUCCUGGAAAACGAGAACGUUUUCAAGAGUGCAUCUUUUCUUUUGUUGCUAGCCCCGCCCAUGAUUCUGAUAGCGCUUUCAGUUACUGGCGUGGCACCCUGGGUAACAAGGAUCGCUGAGGUCAAAGCUGCGCUGGCAGUCAUCAUUGAAGCAGAACGGAAAGUAGCCUCUCUCAACGAUGAGACGCAAGGCUUGGUGCGCACUUUGUGUGCUAAGGACCAGAACAUUCAAGACGCUAAAGUCGAAAUCGAGCUUAUGGAGAGGCGCAUGGAGACCAUCAAGAAGCAGGCAGACACCAUUGUUGAAUUUGAGACAAGGGCAAGAAACAGGAGAUCCUGUAAGGAAGCGAUUGAGCAGUUACAGGCAGACAUCGAUGCCAUUGAGCAGGAGAAUGCGAGCUUGAAGAGCUGGACAGGAGCGGCAGCGUAUGCUCAUAUUGUUUUCAUCUUGGGGUACAUCGUCGAUUUGAUGGUUUCGCAGAAGUUGGAACCCAACCUGUCGAAACGGAAAACGUGCCGAUCAAAGGUAGCCUGA